AUGUCAAAGCCGAGCCUGCAGUGCUGGCGGAUUGUGGGCCCACGGGGGGGCGACGGAGAGACAUUCACCGAAAAGAAAUCAAUAAUAAUAAUAAUAAUAAUAAUAAUAAUAAUAAUAAUAAUAAACGGCAUCCCAUCCACCCAUCCGUCCAUCCGUCCAUCCAUCCAAAGCCGCGGGUGCCCUUUGGGGUGCCGACGGGACCGGCUCGUGGUGCCGUGA